CGUGGGCUCAGCAGAUCCUCAGCUGUACUUUGUUUCCCCACAUCAUGCCUUUUGCCUGUUGCUUUAAAGAAGAGGCAUGGCCAUAAGCAAAAGCAGCAGUGUCUCCUUCUGACUUAAUAAUUUUGUUCUCUGCUCCCAGAGUGCUGAAACUGCAUUGAUUUCCCCAAGUCAAAGGAGAAGAAGUGCAGGCUGAGCCAGCAAAUUCCCCUUCAUCCCCCCACCCCACAAAAAAUCCCAACAGCGACAUGCUUCCUGUAUAGACGUGCUCCGACUUCCCUGCUGCCGUCCUUUGCCCCCUUCUCUUCCCUUUCCAAAGGUGCCUUGAAAUGAAUGAGUUUGUUGACUCUGUUGUCCUCCCAGCGUCUUUGCACAGCAAUGACCCCCGGAGCCAUUUGCUUUUGGGCUUCUCUUGUUUCCAUGGCUACCGUCUCAGGGUUGGCUACUUUCCCAAGGUCACCAUGGCAACUAUCGGAAGGGAAUCAUGCUUGGGAUGCUUUGGCUGGGUAUCUUCUCCCCCUCCCUUUUUUUUAUGAAUGAUUAGAAUGUGUGACACGAUGUAGACAUAGAUGGAGACAAGAAUAUGUUUCUCCCCCCUUUUCUUUUUUACGGUUGAGACAAGGAGAAGGAGAUGCGCGCCGGGCCAGACGGUCAUGACCGUUGCCUCUUCCGUCCAGCGCUGCAGCCGGACCUCAGAUCCCAUGCUGGUUCGGCGCGACAGAUAGCCUUUCAAGGUGGUGCGGCCCAGGCUGGCUGGCUGGCAGGGGGAAAGAAAGCGCUGUGAUGUCACAGCUGCAUUGCCCUCUUCCUCGGUGGUAGUUGCAAUUUCUGAGCAGUUCUGUCCAGAAGACGGUGCCCAGGUUAUGACGACUAAUCCAAAGCCGAACAAAGCAUUAAAGGUCAAGGAGGAGUCAGGAGAGAACGCCCCGGUGCUCAGUGACGAUGAACUCGUGUCGAUGUCUGUGCGGGAGCUGAACCAGCACUUGCGGGGUCUGACGAAAGAGGAGGUCAUCCGCCUGAAGCAGCGGCGGCGCACGCUCAAGAACCGGGGCUACGCUGCCAGCUGUCGCAUCAAGCGCGUGACACAGAAGGAGGAGCUGGAGAGGCAGCGGGUGGAGCUGCAGCAGGAGGUGGAGAAACUCGCCCGGGAGAACAGCAGCAUGAAGCUUGAGCUGGAUGCCCUGCGCUCCAAGUAUGAGGCCCUGCAGACCUUUGCCCGCACGGUUGCCCGAGGACCCAUCACCCCGACCAAAGUCGCCACCACCAGCGUCAUCACCAUCGUGAAGUCGGCAGAAAUCUCUUCCAGCUCAGUGCCCUUUUCAGCAGCGUCCUAGUGUCCGGGCGGGGAGAACUAUAGGAAACCUUUGGGAAUGAGAGGGUAAGGAGCCUGCCUGCCUGCCUUCCAAAGGAGCAGCCUGUUUUUUCUAGAGCCACAAAGAGGACACUUCAAAGGGAAAACUAAACUGGCUGCUCUGGUGUUCACUUCCAAGUUCUUGCGAGCCUCUUGUGACUGAAAUUGGAAUUGUGUACCUUGAAUGAACAGUUGCAGGAGAGGGGCCUUGCUCAACUACUUCCCGGAGCCUUGGGAGAAGACACCCAAAUGCCUCGGGAAAGCUUUGGAUGAAACAUGGCCACCCAGAAACAGCUGGCAGAAUCAUCAGGUGCAGUGAAUGAAUGAAUGGAUGGAUGAAUGAAAAACAAUUCUCCUCCUCCCUUCAGGAAAAAAGAAAUGAAUGUUAUCCCAUCAUGGUUAUCAUGGUGACUUCCACAGGAUGGGCGAUAUAAGGUUUGUCUCUGGAGCAGCAUGCACUGAGAGUUCAUCAAAAUGUUGAAGGUUAGGGUCCUUGUUCUCCAGUUAUGAAAAGCCCUCAUAGGUGAAUGUCCCCAUGGGUUGGAAGCUGAUGUGACUGUGCUGCUGUGUGGCCUAGCCAAAUGAAACACCUACAAUGCAAAAAUCACCCAUUAGUUGCUUCCGUAUGGUGUGCCUGUGAAUUGGGUAUCAAUUCUUAAUGUGCUCUUGUUGCUUCCAACAAUUUACUCCUAUACCAGCAGCUUUUACAAUCCAGGUUCCAAAAUGGGAAGAGAAAAUGGCAAACGAGUAGAACGACCGAGGAAGUUGGUUAACUUGGUAAGAGAAGAAGUGUGAGAAGAGGAAUUGUCAUAGUAGGAGUCAGUACUGUGAAAAGGUGUUUUCUAAUAAGGCAUGCUAAAGGACCGGCAGGAAUAGGCAGAAGGUUGCAGUGAGCCGCAGAAACAAAUGUCUGUAAUCUUCCAUUCUUCAAAAGGGCUCACUCUUCAACACAAGUAGAUGGUGAAGCUGAAUGAACAGUUCAUUCAGUCUUAUUCAACAAGUUGCUUUGUAGUUUCUGGGUCUCAAAAAUGAGAAAACGGAUUCCUGGAUAUACUCCUAAUAAAAAGACGACAUUUCUUGAGAAGUACAAAUUGGGUUGGAAAUGAGAAAGUGAAUUGGAGCCGAUCAGCAGCAUAGGAAAAAGUCAGAAUUGGAGGACCAGGUAGAUGGACUAAGGUGUGAAACUGCAGGCAUGAUAAAGAAUAGCUGGCCAUGGGUCUUGAGUUUAAGGUUUGAGUAAGGUUUUUGUGGAGGGGAGAGAAGAAAGCAAAGUUUGAGGGGUUUGUCGAGAGUGGAAAGGAGUGGCCAAGGCGAGUUUGCAAAUUUCUGGCAGGAGAAGAAUUCUAAUCAAUGAAGGAAGGAGGAAGAAGCAACAAAUAUGUAGAAUUAAAUGGAAUAUGAGGUUGUAUGAGUUGUCUUAGGGUAGAUGUGCCUGCAAGGCAAAAAAGCAUCUUCUUUUUCAGAGCUUGGAAAGAUUACUUUUUGGAUGGUAAUUCCCAGAAUUCCCCUCGCCAGUGUGGUUACUGUAAUCUCCAGAGUAUAUAAGUUUUGUUCCUUUAUCAUUGUCAUCCUUUAGCACUGUAUUGCUUAAGGCUUGAGAUUCACAGGUGAAAGAGGAAGGUUCUGUGACUUGAGAACCACCAGUCAGACAAAGUCCCAUGUGUUCAGGUGGGUUAGCUUGAGGAUGUUUUGAAUGCUUCCCCAUGUAAGAGACUACGACCCCUCUUCCACACACGAUAUGUGUCAAGAGAAAAGGACAUCCUAGAAUUUCUUUGUGUGGGGGAACAUUCACACACCCAGCUCCCCACAUGUUGCAUGUAAUGGGGUGGCUCUUCUAUUAGUAUUCUAGUCUGGAUAACUUGAAAAGCAGAACUGCAUCUGUUAUAAAUGGCAUUGUGGACGAGAGGAGCACUGACUGUCCCAAACAUACUUGCCAGAUCCCAAGCAAGGGAUAACCACAUUGAUAUUUCCAGUCUGGGCAAGAGGUAACUAGAUUGGCAGUUCACUGAGUCACAUUAUCUAGGGAUGUUUCCUUUCUUCCCAGCCUUGCAUAGUCUUCUGAAAGGCAACUUAAUGUUCUGUUUACCUAUGCUGCUUAUGACUCUCUCAGCAAAAGCUGAGGAAGAAAAGAUAUUAUUAUGUAUUACUAUUACAUGCUCUUAGAGGUAUUUUGGGAAAUCCCGGGACUUCUGCAAGCUUCUUAGGCUCUUCAAACGUAGGAAAAGGGCCACAACCCUUGCACUGUUGGAGCUUCCAAAACCUAUAUAAAUGGCCAGUGUGGGCUUCAUAUCGUAUGUCUUUUACUGUUGCCCCAUGGCUUAUUUUCAAGCAGAAACCAAAGCGUCCUCCAAAGCAAAGAGGCAUUUCUUCGCAGAAACCAUGAAAGUAAGAGAGGGUAGAGCUGGUGUUGGUUUCACCAUAGAGAUAAGAAAAGUCUGGAGCAUCAUGUAGCCAUCCAGGUGCAUGUCAACAUGUAGCCAUCCAGAUGAAUGGGAUUUCUAUUCCCAUAACAUGUGAUGGGAUAACAGGUGUGAUAGGAGGGGUAGUCCCAUACCUUUGCAGCGGUCCCAGUUGGGAAAGGCUGGGUUGGAAGUGCAUGUGAAAACCGCCACAUCUGGGAAAAGAAGUCUUCCCAUUUAGCCCAGACCAUGAGGUGCCCUCUUGUUUUGUAAGGGACUAGUCCAGUAAGCGUUUAGCUUGUGGUCGUCAUUACAUGGAUGUGCAAGUCAAGAGUUGUCUUGUCUCUUGUGUUAGUUGUGGUAACACUUUCCGUUGAAAUGAGAAAAAAGCAGACUGUUUUCUCAGUGGCACUUCCUUGCAGAAAUACAGCAUUCCUUGGGACAGUGGUUCUCAACCUGUGGGUCCCCAGCUGUUUUGGCUUCAACUCCCAGAAAUCCUAACAGCUGGUAAACUGAUUGGGAGUUGUAGGCCAAAACACCUGAGAAGCCACAGGUUGAGAACCACUGCCUUAGGAGUUUUAAGUGGACAGGUAAUUUAUAAACAAAGUAAAUGGGAGACACCCUGACAACUGUAGUUAAGUUGCUGUUUCCAAUUGUUAGAGCUAGAAAUGUGGGUGCACAGAUCUUGUGUUGCCCCUUGGCAGCAGCAUCACUGUGUCUCUUACUGGUACAAAACUACCUUCUGGUCAUUCAGUAACUAUUCUAAAGGCCUCUACCUUUUUUCCAAUACCGUGCUUACUAUUGUUAUCGUUAUCCCAUGUUCUACAUGGGAUAGUCUUUUCUUUUAGGUAUUAGUAGCCCAGCUCCAUGUUCCUUUAGAUUGCCAUACCUUUAUGGAUUUAUAUUCUAAAGCAACAUAGGGCUACAUGCCUGGGGCAGGAUGGUAGGAUAGCUCUGUGCCCUAAUUUCACUGUGCUCUGGUAGGACGAAGACGACUUGGAACCAUUCUCAAGAGUUAACAACAACUAGUCUCUGUAGUUAACUUGAGAGCCGAGAGAAGCCUCCAUUGGGUAAACGAUGGCCCCCUCGUUCCCCACAGCAAAACAAUGGGAAUGUGUGCCUUUGCAAUUUGAUCAGAAGCAUGAGGCCUAAAACAUUUUUAAAGCUGUUGAUGCCAUAAUCAUGGUAGGUAAUCCAUAUUGGAUGUCAGUUUAAGGACCAUGUGGAAAUAUUUGAGAGAGACACAUAUAGAUACAGAUAUAGAUAUAUAUAAAUAAAUAUAUAUAUAUAUA